GUGCAUUGUGCACUAGUUAAGGAAAUUCUGCUGAAGUCGACGCAAUGAGAGCUGUGCUAUUUGUUCUAUCUGUGGUGAUCACGCCCUCGGUACGGAGCUGGCCGUACUAUGAUUCCAGUAUACCCGUAGAUUAUGUACCUCAUGUGUGCAAGGACGAAACUGGCCAGAUCCAUUAUUACAACAUAACUUCUGUUGGACAUGAAUUCUGUGAUAAACCCUAUGCUGAAAGAAACAGCUUUGGUCUGGCAUUCAAGACAAUGCUUGAGAACAACCAGGCGUGGUCGACGUUAUGUGCGGAUGAUGCGGACAACGACGGCCGCUCUAACGGAGAGGAGCUGGGCGACCCUUCUUGUAGCUGGGUCCCCUGUGACGAAACGAACACUAACUGUGACAAGCUGACCGCCGUCAGUCAUCCAGGAAUUCCAGAAUAUUCAGAAACUGUCGGCACCUCCGCUGAGUACGUCGGCGUGUGUCUGCAGUCGUUCAUGUGUCAGGGAUACCCAUUACCCAUUACCCAUGUAUAACGAGUGCAAACAUUGUUACGUCAAGAAAGCCAUUUCAUUUGUUGUUAUAUUUUUUCUUGUUUUUAAUAAACUUAAUUUACCAAUAUA